CACACGGAAGACUUUUUGGACGGACAGUUUCGUCCAUCGCUAAAUUGUCUCCGUCUAGAGCUGUACAGUGUACUGACAGCAUGAAGACUUGUCAAAUGAGCAUGGUGAAAUAACGCUGGAUAUAUAAUAAAUAUAUCCUUUUAAUUUGUAUUCGAGUGGCACUUUUCACAGACUCAGGAUGUAUAGGCGUAUCUUAGUCAAAGGCACAACAGCGGCUGUAGCCGCGAGAAGAAUUCGUCAUAUAUUAGGACCCCUGAUGUCAAAAGAAGGUUGGAACUGCAGCGCUCAUGAGGUCAAACUCCUCAACACCUCCUCAGGUGACACAGUGAAGAUUGGAGAGAUUUUAUAUCAGCUCAAAACCCCCAGAAAUCCAGAACUGGUGCCAGUAAAUCAUAUAUUGGAGUCUUUGCCACAAACGAUCACCCAGCACCUUCGCUGGAUAAUGCAGAAAGACCUCCUUGGGCAGGAUGUAUUUCUUAUUGGCCCUCCUGGUCCUCUCCGCCGUUCAAUUGCCAUGCAGUACCUGGAAUUAACAAAGCGAGAAGUUGAAUAUGUUGCUCUGUCAAGAGACACUACUGAGACUGAUCUCAAACAGCGCAGAGAAAUCCGCUCAGGAACUGCUUUUUAUGUGGACCAGUGCGCUGUCCGAGCUGCAACUGAAGGACGGAUUUUGGUUUUGGAGGGACUGGAGAAAGCGGAGAGGAAUGUUCUUCCCGUUCUCAAUAACCUGCUGGAGAAUCGAGAGAUGCAACUGGAAGAUGGACGCUUUCUCAUGUCCGCACAGCGCUAUGACAAACUCCUGGAGGAGCACACUAAAGAAGAGCUGAACGCGUGGAAGAUCGUUCGAGUCAGUGAGGACUUUCGAGUCAUUGCUCUCGGCCUGCCCGUCCCUCGAUAUAAGGGAAACCCGCUGGAUCCACCGCUCCGCUCGCGUUUUCAGGCCAGAGACAUCUACUACCUUCCCUUCAAGGAUCAGCUUGAGCAUCUGUAUAACAUUGGACCAAAUGUGCCAUCUGAAAAGGUUUCCCAGCUCUUGUCUUGUGCCACUACUCUGUGCUCGCAAGAGUCCGCCAGCUUAAGCCUGCCUGACUUUCCAUUGGACAACCUCCCAUCGGCCCUCACAAUUCUGAACCUGUUCCCCAUGAUGUCAGCGCAGCAGCUGGUCCAGAGGCUUUACCCAUAUGAGAUCAUGCUGGGAAAAGAGGGACGCACUGCGGUAGAGGGAGUCCUCAAUAGAUUUGAGUUGACUGAUGGCAAUAAGAAACCUCCUCCGACCUCAGUGGUGAAUGUUGAACCUGUGAGAGGAGAUCAGACAGGACAAGCGGCUGUCACACUUAAAAUCACAGACAAGAACAUCACCUUUCAGGUUCCUUCAGGAACACGUCCGAUUCGCCCACCCGACGGCAGUCCCGGGUUCAUCAGCACCCCCACCCAUAACCGCCUGCUGGCUGAGAUGAUGCAGUCCCACCUCGUCAAAGACGUUUGUCUGAUCGGAGCCAAGGGUUGUGGCAAGUCUGUGAUUGCUAAAGAGUUCGCUGAAAUGCUGGGCUACAGUAUCGAACCAAUUAUGCUUUAUCAGGACAUGACAGCUAGGGACCUCCUCCAGCAGAGGUACACUCUUCCUAAUGGAGAUACAGCCUGGAGGGCUUCCCCCCUGGUCACUGCUGCUCAGGAGGGCAAAUUGGUAUUACUGGACGGCAUCCACCGUGUGAAUCUGGGCACUCUUGCUGUGCUUUCCAGGUUGCUCCAUGACAGAGAGUUGAACCUGUAUGAUGGUACUCGACUCUUAAGGUGGGACCGUUACCAAACACUAAAGGAUGAGCUGCAGCUCAGCGACCAGGAUUUGCAGGACAGAUCCAUUUUUCCCAUCCACCCAUCAUUCCGUAUCAUCGCCCUAGCGGAGCCCCCACAGGUCGGCAGCACAACGCAACAGUGGCUCGGCCCGGAGGUUCUUACCAUGUUUCUCUUUCACACCAUCAAACCACUGGCCAAGGCUGAGGAAAUGGCUGUUCUACAUGAGAUGAUCCCAAAUGUUCCUAAAGAGGCAGUGGAGCAGCUACUACACCUGACACACAGCCUGAGAAUGUCCAGUGAUCCAACGGCGCUGUCCCUUGCGUCCUCACUGUCCACCAGGCAGCUGCUCAGAAUCUGCCGCCGUCUUUCUCAGUAUCCACAGGAGAGCAUUGCUCACGCUGUGAACAAGGCCUGUCUUUCCAGGUUUCUCCCUAGUUUGGCUCGUUCGUCUCUUCAGAAGAGUCUGAUCAACUGCUCAAUAGAGGACCAGCCUGACCCAGAAGCUGAACACGACCAACACUAUACCUGCACAGUAAAAGAUGGACUUCUAACCAUCGGUAACGUCUCUGCUCCUGUUUACAUCCCAGAUGUGAAGAUGAAGGUCCCAGAUGUGCUUUUUUAUGACAAUGUUCAGCACAUGAUGGUGAUGCAGGACAUGCUGAAGGACUUUCUGUUAGGGGAACACCUGCUUCUGGUGGGAAACCAGGGUGUUGGGAAAAACAAGAUUGUUGAUAGAUUUUUGCAUCUUCUGAACAGGCCAAGGGAAUAUCUUCAGCUCCACAGAGAUACUACAGUCCAGACUUUAACUCUGCAGCCCUCUGUUCAAGAUGGAGUCAUUGUGUAUGAAGACUCUCCAUUGGUGAAAGCUGUGAAGUUGGGACAUAUCCUUGUUAUAGAUGAAGCUGACAAAGCACCAACAAAUGUCACCUGUAUCCUAAAGACGUUGGUGGAGAGCGGGGAGAUGAUCUUGGCGGAUGGAAGGAGGAUAGUGUCAGAUCCAUUAGAAGCAGCAGGAAGGGUGAAUGCUAUCCCCAUGCAUCCAGACUUUCGGAUGAUUGUUUUAGCGAAUCGACCUGGCUUUCCGUUCUUGGGAAAUGACUUCUUUGGAGCCCUUGGUGACAUAUUUAGCUGCCAUGCAGUGGACAACCCCAAACCUCAGGCAGAGUUUGCCAUGCUAAAACAAUACGGACCUGACGUUCCUGAUGCUAUUCUCCAGAAGCUCGUGGCUGCAUUUGGAGAGCUCCGGAACAUGGCUGACCAAGGAACCAUCACCUACCCCUACUCUACACGAGAGGUGGUCAACAUCGUAAAGCACCUGCAGAAAUUUCCAGAUGAGGGCCUGGCCAAUGUGGUGAGGAACGUGUUUGACUUUGACUCCUAUAACAAGGACACGCGUGAGGUGCUGAUCACGGCUCUGCACAAGCAUGGCAUUCCAAUCGGAGCCAAACCCACCAGCGUGCACCUGGCCAAGGAGUUACCAUUGACAGACUGUAAGAUGGCAGGGUACUGGACCAUAAAUCAGGGUGCCAAUGCACGCCGAAAGCUGUUGUGUCCAACGGAGUCCCGUCGGAUAGAUAUCAAGGGCCCUGUGUUUCUGCGAGUUCAAAGUUACCCCACUGAGAGGCAUGAGUCCAGAUCUAUAAGCUUUACUGAGGAACAGGCUCACUGGCAAAUCCCUAUGAAUGAGGUUAACAUCGUCUGUGAUGUCACCACUGCCAACGAUUCGAUUUAUGUUGCCACAUGUAACCCAGUAUCAUUGUACGCCAUGAAGGAGAAAGGAGACUCUGUACAGUGUAUUGAGCUCUAUGACAUAUUUCCUCGUACCAUCAGCGGUGUGUGGCAGCCUUUCGUCUCUGUGGCAGCAUUGGGCAACCCGCUGGAAGGCCAGCUGGUGCUGCAUGAAGAACAGGGUAACACAUUACUGCAUGUGGAUCUGUUUACUGGAGCUGUGAGAAGACUGGCUCUAUCCCAGGACAAAUCAGAGGAACCAGUACGAAAGACAUCAAACUGGUGGAACAACAAAGACAGUCAGUCUGGAUACAAAAUGUGUAAGGAGUUUGCUCACAAGAACUGGCUUCUCUUCUACAAAGUAAAUGGGAGUCAGCUGGAUGUUGUUGAUGUGCUCGAGGGUCAGAUUCACACCAUAUCCCUCCCCAUUAACCUGAAAGCUGUGUUCCUGGUGGCUGAAGACCGCUGGCUGCUUAUCGAGAACCAAACUGACAAGAAAUUCAUGUUGACAAAGCCGAUGCACAUGGGUGCCGAGGACACGAGCGUGUGCCAGCUGCACACCAUCACUGAAGAUGCUGUUAGCACUGGCUUUGGUACCAGCUCAGGCAUGGAAAGCACAACUCCUCAAGAGGUAUCAAGUGAUCAGCUGCCCAAUGUGAACCUCAGCGCUGCCCUGGGCCAGAAAAUCAUCUCUCCCAAUCGUAUCUUCUGUGACACAAACACCUAUGCUAAUGUGAUUGUGGGCUUUCCAGAUCUUAUGUCCCCAAAUGAGGUCUAUACCUUCAAGAGACCAUCGCCAAUAACUGAGGGGCGGGGAUCUGAUAUGUUUUUUGGGUCAAGUAAGCGAACAGGGCCCGCAAAGAGGGUCAACUGUGUAUGUCUAUUGGAUGCCAAUCAGGUGGUCCGAGCGUUGCCCGCAUCACAAAUCCCACUGGCUGAUAUCUACCCUAAUGAUGUCACACCACCCAUGACUGCUGCUUACCUUGAAGUGACAGACCUGAACUCGAAAAAACUCAAAUACGUUCCAGUCCCAAGGAGCAAUUCAAUGUCUCCCUACACUGUGUGGAUCUCAAAGGUUUCAGACACAGAUGUAGUGAUAGCUCCCUUGGGCUCUGGUGGGGUGGUCACUGUGGACAUGGGAGGCUAUGUUAGAUUGUGGGAAACAGGGCUUGACAACCUGCAGCGCUCCCUGCUGGAGUGGAGGAACAUGAUUGGAUCAGAGGAUGGCAGGCCUGUUCAGAUCACCAUUCAGAGAGACAGUGGCCUGGAUGUUAGCUCCCCUAAACAUGGCAAGUUUGACCCCAAAAAUGCCCCUCAUGUAGGGGGGAACCAGUGGGCUGGUGGCACAGGCGGCAGAGAUACAGCAGGUCUUGGUGGUAAAGGUGGCCCCUACCGUCUGGACGCCGGUCACAAAGUUUAUCAGAUCUCACAGGUGGAGAAAGACGCCGUGCCUGAUGAAGUUAAGAGAGCUGCACGUGAGAUGGCUGAGAAAGCUUUCAAACAGAGGCUCAAAGAAAUCGACAUGAGUGAGUAUGAUGCUGCCACAUACGAGCGUUUCUCGGGAGCAGUCAGUCGACAGGUUCAUUCGCUCCGCAUCAUUCUGGACAGCCUGCAGGCUAAAGGGAAAGAGAGGCAAUGGCUGAGGAACCAGGCUCUUGGUGAGCUGGAUGAUGCUAAGAUCAUUGACGGCCUGACAGGAGAGAAAGCCGUUUAUAAACGCAGAGGAGAGCUGGACCCUGAGUUAGGGGCUCCUCAGCAAAAGCCAAAGCGUUUACGUCUGCUAGCGGACGUUUCUGGCAGCAUGUAUCGCUUUAAUGGCGUGGACGGGCGUCUGGAGCGCUCUAUGGAGGCUGUGUGUAUGGUGAUGGAGGCGUUAGAGAGCUACGAACACAAGUUUAAGUAUGACAUUACGGGACACUCAGGAGAUGGAUUCGACAUAGAACUUGUGAAAUGUGACAAAGUGCCCAAGAACAACAAGGAGAGGCUGAAGGUUUUGAAGACUAUGCAUGCCCAUUCGCAGUUCUGCAUGAGUGGCGACUACACUCUGGAGGGCACCGAACACGCUGUGAAGGAACUGGCACGUGAAGAAGCCGAUGAGCAUUUUGUCAUAGUGUUGAGCGAUGCCAACUUGGAGCGCUACGGGAUCAGUCCCGAGCGGUUUGCGCGUGCACUCACCAGUAACCCGCAGGUCAAUGCCUUUGCCAUCUUUAUCGGUUCCCUAGGAGACCAGGCGGACAGGCUCCAGAGAACCUUGCCGGCUGGACGCUCUUUUGUCGCCAUGGACACCAAGCAGAUUCCUCAAAUCCUUCAGCAGAUUUUCACAUCCACCAUGCUGUCCAAUGCCUGAGAGAACAGCGGCGGUUGGGUGAAUCUCAGGAAACUCAUGAUAAUCUCUGCAUCUAGUAAACGACUUGGGGGAACUUAAGAAAAAGUUAAGUGCCUGGUUCACAUUUCCCCCUGAAAAGUUAGAAAAAAAUAUGUUUUGCUUAAAGAAGACGGACCCUUUAUUAGGACCUUUAACAUUAUUUGCUUUAUGAGAUUGUCUCAUGACAAAUAAGCAUUUUAUUGUCAUUACUGUAAUGUAAAAAGGAAAGUUAUUUAAAUAAAAGUAUUACAGCAGUUUUUGAAGGUAAAUGUGGUAAACUGAAAAUCAUGCAACUUUAAAUAGGCUUAUUUUCUUUAAGCACAAUAUAAUUUUUAUUUAGUUAUUGGGGAAAGGCCUGGUUUUGAUCUGUUUCCACCCAAAAUGGAUCUAUCACAGUCGACUCAAAAUAAAGGACUGUGUGCCUUCAAUGUAGCCUCAAUAGACAACUUUAUGUAUGAACACAUCUGUAGUAAUUCUCUAAUAUUUACGGACUGAACUGUAUGCCAGUACAUAAAGUGUGGAUAGAUGAUGUUUUAAGUUUGUACAUUUCUAAUGUUAUGUUUAAAAUAAUCAGGUGAGCGCAUUGUUUUUAUUGAGUGCCUAUACAGUACAGGGCUGGGUGAUAUACCUGCAGAUAUAUACAGCCUAAAUAUUUCAUACAUAUUAUUUUCUGGUAACACUUUACAAUAAGGUUGUAUUAGCUAACAUGAACUAACAAUGAACUAUAUUUCUAGAGCAAUUAUUGAUCUUAGGGGUUGUGCACACCAAAACUUUUAAACGCGGCUGAAAACACGUGGACAACGGCGAAUGCCAGCUGUUUUUCAGCUGAGUGCCAGCUUUCUUCAGCUGAGCGCUUUGGUAGCUCUGAUACGUCAGCUGUGAGACGGUUGGUUGCUGUGAUACUUGUCCCGCCCCUCCUCCACUGUGAUUGAACGGCCGCGAGAGAACUGACAUUGACGAGGGGAGCUUUUUACCCAAAGUUGAAUAUUUUUUAACUCUGAGCGUGGAAAAAACGCCAAGUGCCGAAAAGAAAACCGCUAGCUGCUGGCUUAUUUGAAAAACGCUGAGCUUCCGUUGGAAACAAUUGAAAACAUGCGCCGGCCGCGGGCGUAAAAGCUUUGGUGUGCACACCCCCUUAAUUUAUGUUAAUUUUGGCAUUCACUAAUAUAUUAUUAAAAUCAAACGUUUAAACUGUUUACAUUAAUUAAUGCACCAUAAACCACACUCUUAACCCGAAUUAGUUGACAUUACUAGAAAUUUGUGAGGAAACCCGUUGCACAAAAUAAUUUUAGUUUUUACACAUGGUAAAACUAAACAGGUUAAGUUGUAUUAACAUAGAAACUUUAAUUGGUGUAGCAGACAAAAUCAAGUUGCCAUUACAAAAAAACUUUAUCAAAAGUUAAUGUAAGUUCAGUAAACUUCAUUUUAAUUUAAUUUAAUUAGUAAUAUUAAUUGCUCUGUCCAACAUCUCCACUUACUUAAUUAAGUUCAAAGAUUUUUUUAAAUUCCUUUAUAUAAAUGGUAUUAUAACACAAAAUUAAUGACUGACCUUAUGUCAGUCAUUGAAUAAAUGUGAUUUUCCACAGAAACACAUAGAAAAACUGUGUUUUUGACAUGCAUUGUCAGUACUGCGGGGAGAAAUACAAUAAAUCUGAGCUGAGCAGGGUUCAUGUAGAAAACACUGAUCACCUGAAUGGUGAUUUCACCAAAUUAAAAUUUACAACAAAACAACAUCAAUAAUGUAAAAGCUUAAACCUAUAUUACAUUUUAUUAACAAAUAUUUAAGUUCUAAUCAGUUUUUAUUCUGUGAAAAAGCUGAAAAUAUCCAGGCACAAAGGAUUAUGCUUCACAACAUGUACUAAUAAUUUUAAGUUCAGUUUACUUAAAAGUUUUAGUUUAAUGGAUUUUGUAGGCUUAAAAGUUAAAUUAACUAAACUCUUUAAGCAUUGGUCCAAAACACAAAAUAUUAAGUGAUGUUUACUUUAAGAGUGUAACAUGAAUGCCUGUACUGGCAUUAACUAGCAUCAACAAGAAUUAAUAAAUGCAGAGAAGCUACAUUUUACAUUGUUUGUUCAUGUUAGUUAAUGCAUUUAAUGUUUACUAACCUUAUUGUAAAGUGUUACCCAUUUUCUGAUCCUUUGAU